AUGACGCCCAAAACAGACAUCUUCAUAGAAAAAAUCACACAGGGAAGAACAUCUCCAAAACGCCGCGAAAAAAGGUACAUGAUUGUGGAAAAAAUUACACCCACUAGGAAACAUCUUCACAAUGCGGCGGCAGCAAGAAGCAACCAUAUAAAGGAAAUGACACAAAACAGUAUGUUCAGGCCGCCGCCGGGAAAUAGCAUGAUAAGCAGCGUCGCGGAAAGGAAAUAUCUUCAUAAAAAAAAGAACCUCGCGGAAGAAUAUCUUCCCGGUAACAUGAUAGGAGGAGGAGGCAUCUUUAUAAAAGAGCCAAAGCAAAAAAUAUCAGAGAUAUAG